GAUGUUUUGAAUAAUUUGGGCUCUUGUGAACUGGAUGAAGAUGAUCUAAUGCUUGAUUUAGAAUUUUUAGAGGAACAGAAUCUUCAUCCUUCAGUUUGCCGGGAGGAUUCAUACCAUUCUGUGGUUUCAUGUGCUGCUGUAGUUCUCACUCCUAUGGAACCCACCAUAGAGAUGAAGAAAAGAGAAGAACUCAAGUUUCGUGAACCUUCAAAACAGAACCUUUCCCUGAAAUUAGCAAAAGACAUCGAUCAGGAAGCCAGGUGUUCCCAUAUCAGGGGAGUGCCUAGCAGUCCAUCUGCAGAUUGGCCCCUGCCAAGUGUGGAAGAAAAUGGAGGCAUAGAUUCUCUACCAUUCAGACUGAUGUUACAGGACUGCACAGCCGUCAAGACGUUACUAUUAAAGAUGAAGAGAGUUCUUCAAGAGAGUGCAGAUAUGAGCCCAGCAAGUAGCACCACUUCACUUCCAGUUAGUCCUCUUGCUGAAGAGCCUUUGCCUUUCAAGGAUAUAAUGAAAGAUGAAUGCUCAAUGCUGAAGCUGCAGCUGAAGGAGAAGGAUGAACUAAUUUCCCAGCUUCAGGAAGAACUGGAAAAAGUUCAGCACUUACAGAAGGCUUUUGCUUCAAGAGUAGAUAAAUCCACACAAACUGAACUUCUAGGCUAUGAUGCCCUGUGGAAUCCUACAUGCACUGAAGGUUUAUUUAAACCAGUACAUAAUAUUUCAACCUAACUUACAUCAUUAUUUGAUAAUAAAUGUAUCACAAAUCUGACAUGCUAAAUAUCAAAUCAAUUUUUCAUUAUUUCUUGCAUUAGCUAUUUCUCAGAGUAUAUAAUACAGAAAUGUUUCCAUUCCAAAUAUUUCACACUUUUUGCAUUUGUACACAAUUGCAUAAACUAUUAGUGGAUAUAGUUUAAACUAACAUUCCAACCUUGCUGUAUUUUUAAAACAAAAAUAGACCUUUAAUUUUAAAUUAUCUCUAUAUGCAGCUGUUCUAAAUAUAAUAUUCCACUUGGCAGUACAUAUUUUUGUUUAACCUUCUCAUCCAUGUCAUUUGUGUCUCUGGUUAUAGUCUUUGUUUAAUUUCACUAUAUAUUCUAUGUAUAUUAGGUAAAUUUGAAAGCAGUGAUUCUAACUUGGCCCAUCAUUGCAUAACAGUUCUUACUGAAAAACUAAAUUGCCUCUAUUUUUCCCUUGCAUUGAGAUCAGAAGAUGAAAAUGUAUGUCUUCAAGUGAAGUAAAUCGUGAAGAGUCUUAUUCUCUCCAUAGAUAGUAAAAAAAUUAUUUAUAUCUCUAAACAAGUGAAGAAAGUUUAUUGGCUAUUGACCUCAUAUUGAGGAAAAGUUUGUUCAAUGUCUCAUUAAAAAAAUAAAAAACCCUGUCUCCUGGACUUGGCAUCACUGCCUGAUUUCUGUGUGUCCUUCUUUAUCACCUUUCUAUACUACCUCACUUUAAUUACCAAGUAUCCUGGUAGCAACAAGGCACUCUUGCAUGUUGUAGUUUAUUGCAAGGAUAAGUGACUGAGCUCAGAAAUGUCUCAGUCUCGUAGCGCAGGGCAACAGAAGAGGCAUAAGGCUAAAGAGAGGAAAGCAGGUUUUGCUGAAUUCUAUAUUUUUUUUAAACAGGAAGUGAAAUAAUCAUAAUGAUGGUAACAUUUAGAACUAUGCUAUGAAAUUUCUUAAGUUAUUUGACUCAUUUGUAACAUACAAUAUGGAUGAUCAAAAGUUGGGUUUAAAUCAUGGUAUUAAAAUAAAACUAAAUGUUUAUUCACUUGAAA